AUGCAUGCCAGAGAGAGUGAGCGAGCGAGUGUACGAGUAGAGCGGGAUCAAGAAGGAGAGCGAAAGAGAGCAGAGAAGGAGGCAGAAGAAACACAGAGAGAGAGGGAGCUUUGCGCGGUGGCAGAUAGAGCCGGAGCAAGUCGCAGUUCCCCAGGAAAAGGGAGGUGCAUGCUUCUCAUCUUCUCAUUGGGGAUAUAAACUCACUCCAGAUUGGUUUCAGUCUGACAGAGGAUUCCCCCCGCUUUUAGAGUACGGCUCUCUCCUCUAAUGUGACAGAGGACUUUGUUGUGAAUUGAGAGAGAGGCGCACAGGAAGGAGCGAGAGGGACACUUGCUUCUACUUCCUUUGUAGCCAACCUGCUUGACAGAUGGCACUGGCAGAAUGAUCUUUGACUCUCACCCAGAGACUACUGGCUCUGCUCGCUGAGGUAACGUAUGUCAGCUACUGUCUUUUCCUGCAUGAUCAUAUAUUCCUUCUGCUGCACUGUUUUUCUUGAAUGUGCUUGAAUGGGUGUGUGAAUGAAAAUAUAGGCAUGUGAGUGUGUAUGAAAUUGGAGACUAGAGGCACUGCCAAGUAGGAUAAGUGGGCAGUAAGCACUAUGUCUCAUCACCACCUCAUCAGCACCUUGUUAGAGUCGUGUGGUUUGAGAUUUAUCAGCUGUGUUGUGGUAGAGGUGUACUCAAACUGACCUUCGUUUAUUUCACAUGCCAGGGUUACCUGAGGUUACCUCAGUGAAAUGUGGUCAUGGCAAACUGAAAGACAGCUUCUUGCAGCCAGCAAUUUUUUGCACUGAGUCUGCACCCACCUGUGCUUUUUUUUCCCUUGUUUUUUUACCUGCUACUUCUAUAAAUAAAAAGCAAUUUGAGGUUUUUGUGCCUCACCUGGCCCCAGUAAACUAAUCAAGGUGGCAGAAGUUGCUAAGGAAGCAGAUGCUGUGCUGGAAAUGAAAGGUAGUGUCCCAGGAGUGGAGUUUAAUGUGACGUGGAGUGUUGCAGGUCUAGGAUUUUUGGUGUGAUGCCUGGAGAGUUUGGGAUUAGUGUGGCUCUCAUAGUAGAGAAGUGAAUGAAGUGUAGUCUCCCUUCAGAUUGGAAGAAAAACUGCACGUGUAUUUUACAACAGUUAUGCUGUAAAGCCAUCAUCCAACUGAUACAAAAUACUUAAAACUGAUUUCAGGGAAUGUUUAUGUACUAGAGAUAAGAGAUAUAAUUUAGUUAUGACUCAGUAUCACCUAUUACUGACUGUUUCAUUAUUUAAGCACAGCAGAAACAGAAAACAGAAGUCAUUUUUAGACAUUACUAGAUAGCCUCCAGCUACAGAAAGCACACAUAACUGCAACAUUAAGAGCUCGUUGUACUUAAGUUCUCUUUCUUACUCAGGAUUAACAUCAGAUGACUUGUUGGCCAUGUGCCAGCCUUUCAUUUAAAACUCAUGCUCCAAACACAAUGUGUUAACUUCUCUCAAGCAGCCCACACUGCUGGAAAUGCAUUGUUGAAUUUCCUUAGCAAAACAGAUUUCAGACUCUGUAAUCUACCUGAGAAUUUGAAUAUGGGGAAGUUUGCAUCACAAACAAUACACAGGACUACCAAGCUCAGUCUCUUUGUAAUAAAUCACUCACCUUCUCUGUCUCUCUCUCUCUCUCUCUCUCUCUCUCUCUCUUGCUUGCUCUCUCUCUGUCUCUCUGUUUCACACCCUCACUGUCUGUGUCUUUCUGCCGUCCUCUAACUCCUGCUCUCAGCAUGAGGUUGAUGUUCAGAGGAAUCUUUGAGCCGCAAGAUUGAUUGUGGCAAUAAGUCAAAAAGGAAAACACUGUGAUAGAAAGAAAUUGGCUUUUGACUUCAGAAAGGUAUAAAGAAAUGCCCACACAUUUUGUGGACUUAUUGCAUUUGCUGGAUUAAAGGUAUUUGUUUUACACUUUGUGAAUAAAUGAAAGUGGAAAUGCUCAAACAAAAUGAGAUGUUAACAGGAAAUUUGGAAUUCUUUGUCUUGAGGGAUUAAAGAGGACAGAUGAUAAGAAUUACCAACACUGUCAAGGUCAAUGUUAAAUAGAAGAAUCACUGACUGCCACCGUUUUCUUCUUCAGGUAGAAACUUAUUUCCUUUAAUUUGAAUCAGUUCUUACACCAAAGACUAAAACAUAGACUGUACAAAGUCAUGGAUGUGGUCCUCCUCCACAGUACGACACAAUAUAAGAACUUUAUUUAUUCCCAAAGGGAGGUUCAUUUGUCUGGAAUCCUAGAUCAACUGCAGAUAAACCAAGUUAUGAUCUGACCUGGCUAGUGGCGGUAAGGCAGUAGCUCUGCAAGCCUCUUUGAUGUUGGCAUACAGCAGAUCCAGGUUUGGUUUUCUCUGGUAGGACAGUCAACAAUCUUUGUAAAUCCAGUCAGGUGAGAGUCGAGGCUGACAUGGUUGAAGUCUCCUGAUAUUAGUGUCUCGGGAUGUUGAGUCUGUAUCCUAGCAACAGUAUCAUGGAGAACAUCACAUGGAAUUUCAGCCGUUGCCUUGGGUGGGAAGUACUCUUCUGGACAACACAACUUCUCCUUGACAGUUAUGUGUGAAGAGUUGCACCAUCUCUGGUUGACAAAUAAAGCCAGACCUCCUCCUUUCUUCUUGUCACUAGCUUUAGCAUCUCUGUCCGACCUUAUGAGCGUGAUGCCAGGUAGAACCACACUGGAGUCUGAGUUGUUUUGAUCCAACCAGGUUUCAGUAAAACACAGGAGACUGCACUCAUGGUAUGCUUUCUCAGUCUUCACCGGUCUAGCUCCAGCUUUUUGCUUUUGUUGGGCAGAGAGUUGACAUUUCCCAUGAUGACUGUUGGAGGUAAGGGUUUAUGUCUCCAUUUCCAAGCCUUCAACUUUGCCUCGACAUUUGUACCAGCACCUCCAGAUGUCCGCUGGAAUUGGAUGUUGUUGUCCAGAUUUACUCUGUCUCAAUGAAAUAAGCUUGUCUUUUGAAUAAAUCCUUCUCCAUGCAGAAAUAUCCAUCAGUAGUCGACAAAGUAUGAUAAAAAUAUGAAAAUCUGACAUUUGAAAAAGUAACAUUAAUACAGUCAAGACUGAAUGUGUGUGUUCCGGUUACAAUCUCAUUUCUCUUCAUCUCUGAUAUAAACCAGGUAAUAAUAGAGCCCUCUGAGUCAUACAGCCAUGAGACCCUCAGCUGGCAUGUGUUCCAGAAAUACUAUACUUCGAGCUCAUCAAAAAUUUAGCAGACAUUGCAACACUGAUGUCAGCCCUUUUCAGUCACAUCUGAAUGAAUCUGCCCUUAGGUUAACAUUUUACAAGAUCAUACUUUAACACAGUUUGCAGAAUCUUCAAUCAAGUCUGGCAAGUUUUUCAAUAUUUAAUUGUGAUUUUGCACAUGAAUACCUGGCAGUGGAGUCAUUGGUAUAGAGUUUUAAGUAUCUCAUUCCUUCUAUGCUUUUUUUGGAAAGCAUAUUGUCAGGUACAGAGAGAACCAACAUAUUCAGUCAGUCAUGACAAGGUGUAGCUCCUGGUUGUGAAAAAAAGGUGUCCAAAGAUGUGUAGUUCAAGCUGUGGGGUUUUGUGGCUUUCAGUUCUAUGUGUUUAUUUUUAGCGAUCAUUGACCCUGCUCUAAACAGAGAUUGAUGUGCGAUCCCAUCCCUAAGGCAGUUCCACGGCCUCUCUCCUUCUUUCUGGUGCCAAUACUGAAACUCACACCAUUAGACAUAGAUAAAGGAUGCUGUGGUUUCCUGUCUCCUAGACAAAGUGCCAAAUCAGGAAAUUAGUAGUCCCUGUGGUGCCUAUUAUUUUAACUUUAACCUUUUAAGUUAACCUUUUCCAGCUUCAGAUGACAGCUCAGUGAGAGUGUGGCUGUGAGGUAAAUGGAUGUACAGCGUGAGAUCAGAGGGGAAGCACAGGUUCAAAGUUGUACUUAAGACUUAAGAGUUUGACCUCUCGCUCUGGAUAGGGUGUCAUUCCUCAUGUAAACACAGGCCCUGUUUGACCCAUACAAUAGCAUUACAGCAUCAUUUUAAUAGCUCUGGCAUCUGGUUUAUUUUUCCCUUUCCUGUAAGCAAUUCUAUCCUGUUUUCAUAACUUCGUGUUGUCAUGGAGACUGACAGAUGCUCAACUAUUUCUGUUUGUAUAUUCAAUUUCAAUGCUUUCACAUCUGACUUUAUCUGUCCUUAGAACUUUGUUUUUUCUCUUGCAUUGUCUUUAAACAAAUUAGAACAAAAGAAGAAAAAAAAGAUGAUUAGUUUUAAAAAUUGGUAUUGCAGUGAACUGGUUGCUCCUAGACUAAACUGUAUGUGCCGCGCAGUGAUUAUAUCAUAACGUAACUGCUUUUUGCGUCCGGCUUGACUGUGAGGUCCUCAUAGAUUCUGUUUUAUCUGAUCUAAAUGUGGCUAUUUGAUGUUGAAACCCCAUAGCUACACUGUUAAUCAUGCCGCUGAAUAAUCCUUUCUCCUCAUCACCUUCCUGAGAACAGCUGAGUGUCAUAUUUUGUGACUAUGUGCCAUCUAGAGAGCACAGCUUUACCUGUUUUUGUGUGACACUUUUAUCUUCAGACGACAGUGUUUAAUAGGCAAACGGAGGUGUAAGUGUUGGGUCACAUACUCUUGCUACAUACCACAGGAGCUUAGCUCUUAAGUCUUUUCCUUUAAAUUAAGUAGCAUUCAGUACAUUUAAUAAAACCCAACUCCCAAGUGGCCAACUGUAUCCCCGUGUAAUCCCUGCACUAAUAAACACUCUUUAUGAGCAUUCCCCGGCUAAUCAUCUGCUCAGUCCCAGAUAAAUAUCAAACACUUGAAGGGUUAGCAUAGUUGGCAUGCUUGACUGGUAUUAACAGGUGUUACUUUGAACCAGAUUAACUUUAAUGUUAAGAGACAUGCUGAGUCCACUGUUUAAUUAAGUGAUUAAGCCAUUAUUUUCCAAUAGAAACAGUUGUAAUAAUCCAACAUAUCUUACUGUAUUGCUUCAAUGCUUCAGGAGGAUGUGUGAAUAAGAGGUUUUUAUUUGGGAUAAGGGCAUGUCAGUAGCUUUUAUCAAACCUUGAAUGAUCUUUUUUUUUGUAAGUAAGGGUGAAACACACUGUAACACCAAGUUAGACCCCCUUGAGAGAUGAAUGUUGCCGACUGCUUGCUUCUGUAGUUACCAACUUUUUGCAACAAAUUGCAAUUGCAAACAACUGCAAAACACAGCGGUCUAUGGAUCCACGUGCACACCUCUACCAAAAAGCCACUCUAUAACCACAAAUAAUGUUCAGCAACUCCAAGAAGAACAUUUAUGUCGUCAUGGAAAUGCAAUCAGACCGAGACGCUAAGGCAGAAGAACUACUGCGUCUACAGUAGAAAAUGAUUAUUAUCAUGAUGAUGAUAAAGUAAUGAUCAAUGUUCAGUGGCUAGUACUGUGGCUCGGACCUUACAGUAUAUGUAUUGUUGAUGAGGUUAGGUGCUGUUCUGAGCAUUAUUUGUGGCUACGAGUGGCUUUGUGGUCGCGCUUUCCGGGUGUAUCCAUAGACUGCUGAGUAUUGCUAUCGUACGAUCAUUAUUAAACUUGGUAUCACUAGAAAAGUAAGCAGUCGGCAAUAUUCAUCUCUUGAGGGGGUGUCUAACUGGGUGUUAUGGAGUGUUUGACAAUAACUUAAUUUUACACCGGAAUAUCCCUUUAAAUCAAGGAUCUGCAAGAAGUAAAACAAGGCUUUGCUGUCAUCCUUAUUCUCAGAUUACAGACGUUUAACACUAGACAGAGUUUUCCUGGUUCUUUUUGCGGCAACUUUUUUUUUUUUUUUUCUUUUUUUUCUUUUUCUUUUUUUUUAACGAGUGUAGGGGAGAGCACACCAAGGAGGCUGUUGCUUUUGGCUUAAUCACUGCUAAAAGUGAGGAAACUAAGAAGACUCUGAUCCAGAAAAUUGCAAACGUCAAAGGGCUCUCCCCAGGAAAUUGUGUUUUUUCUGCCUGAUUCGUGCAGUUCCACUAAGCUGACUUUGUGUGGUGACCGGUGCUCCAGCUAUCAUCAAAGAUAUUAAUUCAGUUCAGCUGCUCUGUAAUCUUUUGCUUUUUAUCUCAACUGAUAGAAAUUAUAACUUCUAAUGACUGUAUGGCUGAUUUGAGAAAAUCACUCACUGUACCUAUGGGAAAUUAAACUAGCAACUCGCAAGCAUUACGAACAUCCUACAUGCCACACAAGAGAGGAGAUGAGACAACGAAGACCAGAGGGUUGGCACACAGCGCUUGCUAUGAUUAGCAUCUGUCAUCAUCAUUUUUGUACGUGAGAGGAAAAUUUUUAUGAGUUUACUUACUGUGGGAAGAAGCUGCGUUCAAGAGUCGUCCCAGACCCAAUUUAACAGCGGUAAUUUGUAAAGUACAAUUAGAUUGUAGCUGGCGGCAGAGUGUUGAUGCGUGGGCUCCAUUUUUAGCAGGUUACAAAAUUAAAACCUUUCUCCACUACGAGAUAACCUUUGGAAGCUUAUCUCAGGGCGCUUGUUUACCCACACAGAAGGGUAAAAGAGCUGUUCAUUAGGGUCUCUGGGAUUUCUCCUCUGCCACCCCAAAAAAGAAUGAAUAAGAAGACUCACAUCUGUGGAGAUGGCCAACUUCGAAAUAAACCAAAGGUGGAGGAAGAGAAUGAGGGUAAUGAGUAGGGGAAGCCUGCAGACAUGAGCCUGCAAGUGUUUAAAUCUUAUUUCUCUUUGUGACGGCCUUAGGGUUAACUGAGGAUAACUACUGCCAACACUUUUGAGUGCCUGACUUUCCAACUACUGCUGACACAAGGUUCCUGUAUUUGAAUGUGUGAGAAGUAGCUGUUUAAUGAAAGGCCUCCAUUUUCUCCUCUUGGUUGGAUCGUUUUCACUCAGUAAUCCCCGUCAUUUCAUCUAGAGUUAUCAUGAGGUCAAAAUUGGAAUAAAAGUUAUGGCUACAUACACAUUAAAACUAAUGGUAUCAGCAUCAGCCUGAUUAGUAUGUGUUGCUGGUCUUAAUGAGCAGAGUCUAACAGGCCAAGAUCUGCCUGACAAAAACUGCAGAGUGAUCAUAGUCAGAACAUUUGCAAAGCAUCAGCAAGUUAGCAUUGGUAAAACAGUUUUUAAUGAUCACAGCUUUCUCUAUUUUUAGCAUUUCCUCUGAAAAGAAUCACCCCUUCACUUCACUUCAAGCGUUGUUCCCCAGCAGCCACAUAUUGACAUUAAAUGAGGUUUUAGACGCCAACCAACAAAUGUUGAUUCCACAAUCUUCUUGCCAAAAGUCAAAACCUGUCUCCAGUGAUCUUUUUUACGUUAAUAUGGUGAAAAGUGUCUUUUUCAUUCUGUUUGAUUCAUUUGAAUUAUCCUCAACUUGGUUUUUAGUUGAUAUUUAAUCACUCCUAAUCAAUGAACCGUUUAAAAAGAUAAAUGUUUAAUAAAAAACUGUUUUCCAGCUUUGUUAUUUUAUUUAAUAUAUCAAUAUCAAACCAGAUUAUGUAUCAGAAUGAUAAACUACAACAAUUUCCUGAUGCAUUAAUGGCUUUCUAUUAUUGCAAACUUGGGGCUAAGUGUCUUCAAAGCAGACUUGAACCUGUAAGAAUAUUUGUGCAGAAAACUAAUGCUAGUAAAUGUAACUUUAUUGAAAUAUCUUGCACCCAAGAGGUAAUAUUAAAGUGGUUGUUAAUCUUCCAAUAAGAAGUCCUGUGAUGUAGUAAACUGUAAAGUCCUCUGCUGGUGAUAGUGUGCCAGAAAUCUAAAGAGUACCAAAGUUAAAGCUGAGCCUGAAGGGUCUCUUAAGACCAUUUACGGGCUUUCAGUCUGUCCCUGCUGCCCUGUUUUUUCUGCAGAACAGUAAAGACUACAGGGUUAUUUUAUCACAAGUAAAUCUUUCUUAUCUUUCAAUUAAAUCUUUCUUGACAUUGUUUGUUUAUUGUAUUAACUGUAAACAUUUGGCUCUUCUGUUUUCCUCUGCCUCCUCAAAAGGACUGCUCCGUGAACAAAAGCACAAUGUUAAGAUAUAGAGAAUUAUUCUGUCCUAAUUUUUUCAGUGAAAGUUUAUUGACACACGCUAACUGGUCAAAAACUAUGAGUGUUAAUUUUUAAGCAGCUUACUUUGUUUUCUUACCUAACUGUUACAGCCUACUUACAUCAUCGGUUAUUGAGAUUGUUGAUCCUACCUUGGUAAUCACACUGUGGUUGUGCACAGAUGCUGAAAAACUAAAAUCCUUUGAGAAAAAAUCUGGAAACGUUCUGCGUUUCUGCGUAAAAAAAAAAAAAAUUGGGAUAACAAAUAUAAGUGAGUGAUGUCUCCUAAUAAAGGCUGUUUUGUGUCAUAGAUGAAUCUUGAUUUAAGGAGAACUAAUUAACACCAUAACAAAGGCUCUCUUUGUCCUUUAGUGCAGUCCACUUGUGUUAUCCUUAAACUAUAGCACAUAUAAGGUCCAGCUAGGAUCAUCAGCGUGCAUAAAACCCCCACAUACAUAAUAAAUCAAACAUUUAUAAAAUAAAAACAUAGUAUAUGUUAAACUAUGAUAAUAAUGGAAAGUUACUUUUUUUCAAAAUACAUGCAGGGACAGAUUCCUUUGUUGUCACUCUAAUUGUGAUUCGAUAUGUCUCCAUAUUCCUGUUAGAUGGGCUUCUAUAAGUUCAAAAUGAGAUGGUAAAAUUGCUUGAGUUACCCGUCGAGAUCAAAGUGAAACUACCACUUAAUUUCCGCCUAUCUUCAGGGUGCUCACUUUACUAACUGGUUUGUACAGAGGAAUUAAGUUCAUAGCAGGCUGAUUCUGCGAGAGACCUCAUAGAAGCAGAGAAAUAAAUGGAGCACAGACUCUUUCCCUACAUAAUAGAAAGAAAACAAAGGAUUCUUUACGUGUUGCUGACUUGCUUGCCUUAGAUGUAUGUUUAACAGUUUUGUAAUGUUGCAGCUGUAUUAAUGUCACCAUGUACCUUGAACUGGCUUUGGAUGAGAGAUUAGUUAUUAUAAGCUACUUUUACAGCUUUAAAAGAUACUUUUCAGCAUUAAAAUCUUGCAUUUUUUAAUUUAACACUGAAGGACUGCAUCAAAGUACUUGUGUACAUUGGCAAAUUAUUCUUUUUGUAGACCAUUGUACCAGUUUAUACAGGCCAUGUAUCAGCAACUGUAUGUGAAGGUCUUGUUAAGCGGCUGCUGUCAAAUAAUCUUAUUUUCUUGCUGCAGCAGAUUAAUAUCAGCAUAGAAAGAGCAAACAUAGAGCUAUGAUGGCAGAUUUAUAUUCACAAAGACAACCCUGAUCCUGAAUGGAGCUGAAAAAUGUUGCUACCCUGUCAAUUAAUUCACCAUCUAGACGUUAUACAGGCACCAGCUCCCCUCCAUCUGUCUCUCUGUCACUGAUUGUCACAGCCUGCUGUUCUGACAUUUUCACUGUCUUUCCUCACAAGGUCACUACAGAUGUUCUUAUGAAAGGGUCUUAUCUCACCACACCUGCCCUUUUAGCUGCACAGUGAUGUGCAGCCAAAGCAGCAGUUCUGUAAGUUGAGACUAUAAAGGUUCUUUGAAAGGCUUCACAUAUUUAUCUCAUUGCACAAGUUAAUGGGCCAAACGUUGUCUGACUAAUUGAGAUGGCCUUGGAAAUUGUCUCAUGGAGAAGUUGCCAUCACAUUUCCAUCCACUUUCUCUAUCUAAACCACAUUUGCCCUGUCAGACAAAUUUAUACAUUUUUGUCUCACCACUAUCAUGAUUAAUGGAAAAACCUACUUGUCUUUACAUGCAAUUUUUUUACUCACAAAAACUAAUUCAGAAAAGUUGUGAAGAGCUUUGAGGGACUUAUGGUGUGUGCAGCAAGAUGAUCUGUAAAUAAACAAGAUGAACAGAGUCAGGGGAAAUACAUGGGCCAAAUCUGGGUGUGCCCCGAACAAAUCAAGGCUGAUUCCUAACUGAUUCUUGAGUUGUUCGACUGAUUUAAAAGUGAAUUUCAGCUCAACUUUGUAGUGUACAAGGGGGCACGAAAGCCAAUCAUGAUCCCAUCAGCUGCUCCCAAUCUGUCAGAUGAAUUUUUGGCAGGUCAGAAAUUUCGGUCAGCCAACUGCACAUUCUCAACCAGGGAAAACAGAGCCAAGAGCCAAUCCUUUGACCACAGAGCUUUUUUUCCUCAUCGAUCCUUUGCAAACAGGAUCAUCUGAAAGCACAUGUUGUAUGUUGUGGAGAAAUGAAAAACAAAUAUACAGACCAAAGGAUGGGAAAAAUGUGGAUGCAAGGGGAUGUGCAGUCGGUACUAAAAUGAGAGUUGUUGCGAUACGGUUAUUGGCAUGUGUUUCAAAUGCCUUCUCAUACUGAAUGGAUUUUCAUAACACAUUAUGUAUUGCUUUUGAUAUUUGUCUUCGUGUGUCUGAUGUUUUUUUAAUGUUUGUAAUUCUUUGCAGCACCAUAAGUUGCCUCCUUCUUACAUCUGAGUAAUUUACAAUAAAUGAGAUCCACUCAUAAUAUGAUUGCAGGUAAUUCAGUUUGUGUUAGGAUAAUUGUUGCCUCACUCCCAAACACCUCUCAUAUGGCAAAUUUAUCACUUUUAAAUUGCAACUUAGUUUGUCACUGUAGCACGGUGAGUCACAGUCCAUUCGUUUGCCUUUAUGGAUGUAUGUGUCAUCACUUCAGACAAGCUCACAAAUCAAGAGCAAGUACACUGCUUCCUAACCUCACAUUGAAAAUGUUCAACCAUUUGAUUAUUCACAUCUUUCUUUUCUUGUGGCCGUGACUGAAAACCUGUUUAAUUGCUGUUGACCAUAACCCUUUUCUUAUUUCUCAUUAGGGAAAGAGACUCAAAGUACUCCAGACUCAUUUUCACAUUGUUGUAGUUAUGUAAUGGAGAGAUUACAAAUAAUCACUUUGAAAGGUCAGGAGUCUAAUGUAAUUGUACUUUUUAAAGCUUGCAGAUGAUAAACCAAAGGAUUAUGACGAGAAAAGUGUGAAAUGAUUGGAUAUAUUUAGAAAUAUUGUAGCACAGGAAUUCUUCUUCACAAUAGCACAAUUGACUCAUACUGCAUUGUUUCCCAUGAAUCCCAAGGUACCACAUCUAUACAGCAUUGAUAUUGAAAGGUAAUAGAUAGUCCAUUGUGUUUUAUUUUUUUUUUAAACCAAUUACUUCUUUUAGCUUUAAUGUGGUAAUGGUUAAAAGUCGUUUAAUUUAACAUAGAGAGGUUUUAGUUGUCAACAACAGUGACGUGUAUUGAUUCCCGGAAAAGUAAGUAAAAGUGGAGAUAUCCAUUACUGUCAAAAAGUAAAACCGUUCUCCAUUAGCGACUAAUGAGCAAUCGCUGCCGUGUUCCUUUGAGAGUUGCUUGAUGUGUUUGACGUUUCCCUCGGCUGCAGCUCGAAAGGUGAUAUUUUUCUACACUAAUUACCUACAUGUAGAUGUUUCCAGAUGGUCAUUAACUCCAGACAGUGACUUCUUAAUCGCAGCUUUUUAAGAGUGAAACCGCUUGCUUUUUAAUGACAAAUAUCAACGUUUUUUAGGGAAAAAUGAAUUUUAUUUGGGAAAUAUUUUGAUUUCUUUCCUCAGCAAGAAAUAAUGAUUUAGAUGUUUUUAAUUGAUAGUUGUAUUGUCAUUUUUAGUUGUAUCUCUAAAGAGGGAUAAAUGAAACGUUAAUUAAAUUGCAGAAUCAAGCACGAGAUGGUUUUACAUUGCUCUGACCAGGUCAUUACGUACCAACGAGACACAGCAUACGGACAGUUCUAUAUCUAAUGACCUCAUUAAUUCUGUCAAAUCAAGCUGGUUUUGGAGCUUGCCAGCCCUGGCUGAGAACUUAAACACAUUAUAUGACCACCAUUAUGGUCUUACAGCUAUGAAGAAAUUAAUCAUUAUUUUUACCAAUUGGUAGUUCUGGUUCUGGCAAGGGUGAGGUUGAGAUCACUGAUGAAAUUCAGCAGAAGUGCACUUAUUUGGCUCUGCUGACAUCCCUCUGAGUCUGUUUUCAUUUACCCUUCUGUCUCUGCAGUCUGCAGGCAGAAAAGUGUCAGAAACAGGGCUACUACAUUGUACCAACAAUAACUAUCCCUUAAAAAAAAAACAGUAAUGAUAUUGUGGAACAAAUUAUUUAUAUGGUAAUAGUGUCAGUUCAGUGUAGCAGGUGGAAGCACUGGCUGGAUAAAUCAUGAAUUUAAACUUCAUUAUGAACUCAUGAUGGUAUAUAAUUUUGUUGCAUUUAUUAGAGUUUGGAAAGUUUGGAAAGUGGUGUGUUGCUACACCCUUGUCUGUUUCAUUGUUAAGUUUCCACAAAUAUCACAAUAAAUCAUUGUUUUGAAAUGUAUUAGCUAUUAUGCAAGUCAACCCCUUGUGUGAAUAUACUACAUAACUCAUACAUAAAAUUUCACCUCUUGGCAUUUCUCUGAUGGUUUCACCUGAACCCGAUAAGAGCUAUCUUCCCGCUCCCAGCAUAUUUAAAUAGCUCUUGUCCUUUUUUUUUCCCAGUGUAGUUUUUGCUAGAUUCUGUAACCCUGUAUUUUGAACAUUGAUUUUUUACCCUCCAUUUUUAAUAAGAUCUCUCUAGAUUUCAUCUUUAACUCUGAGCUUUUUUGCUGUGUCUCUCUGUUUUAAACCUUAUAGCCCUGCCAUUGUUAGUCUGCUCAGGCUCCCUCACCUGUAUCUCUAUUCUCCUGAGUCAUACUGUAUUCCCCUCACUUAACUAACAUGAAGGUUAUGCUGUUAGAGCAGGACAUUUAAGAAGACUAUCCUCAACGGCCAUUAACCCUCAUUGUACAGGAAAACACAGAGGCAAAGUUAAAUUAAACAGCUUGGCAGCGUCGCUUGUAAAAUAACCUGCUGGUUUGAAAUUGGACAUCUUCCAGCAAGAGGAGAUUGGAAAGGAUUGGAAAAUAUUCUACUGCUCAUUAUGUGUGCAGAAGUUGGACCUCAGGGCUCCACAGUGAACAGAAAAUGAGUCAGCCUCUAGCCCCUAACAACCUGGUAAAAAAGACCUCGUUCUUUAAUAACAGAAAUAGCCCCCGCAUCGACCAGUUACUUAAGUCACAUUGUGAGUCUUCCCAUGUGAGACACGGUUUUCUGUAAAGCUAAAUCUCCUUUUACUAUUCGCUUCAAUCCAUGAACAUUUCAUUUGAUUGAAUUUCAACAAUUUUAAUACUUGGUAUAACUCGAUGUGUUAGACUGCCCUGACACUAAAGUCAAGGAAUAGAAAAUGUAAUCCAUAGCAGUGAAAAGUCACAGUCAUAUUCUCAUACCUCUCCAUAUGGUCGUGAACAUGUUAGUUCUCCAUUUAAAGUUGAAAAUACUCAGUCAGAGCCAAUCUGACAUAUUGAGCAUUUUCACAUGUCUCCAUGGUGGGAUUUUCACGCCUACGACUUCAUCAGUUUUACCAAAGAGUUUUUUUUUUUCAGAGCGGUUUUGAAACAACAGCGUGUCGCUCUGCAGAUUCAGCGGCACUCUCUUGUCAUUCUGCGACAAAAGAAAUGUUUAACACAUUCGCUCUCUGAAAAGGAUUGGAGGAUUGUUGCCAAGAGCUUUUUGAAAGGAUCCAUGAGAAAAAAAGCUGAAAUACACAAAAGCAAACUAUGGACUCAUUGGCUGUUAUCAGCUUCAUCCAGCUCAAUGAGCAAGUCUGCUCCCCGAGGUGCUCCACCAGGAAACUGCAGAUAUCAAGUCUCUGUAUGCGAGCGCCUCCUGUCACCUGCAGGGGUUCGCCUGCGAUUCACACUCACUGUCAAAGCAAAGGGACACAAUAUUUUGUCAUUGAUUAGAACAAAAAAAGAAAAAAAAAAGAUGUAAUCCACUUUGUUGCAUUGUGGCUCACAGCUGGUUCAUCUAUAACUGUGGCAGGCCAUAACAUCUGAAUGUCAUUUUGUCAUAAUCUCAUGGAUUUAUGAUCUGCGUGAUGCUCUGUAGGGGAAUGAAUCUACAGUGAGGGAUGAUGAUCAGUCUUUUAGGAAAUUGUCAUUCCUCUGGCUGAGUUCUCAAUGCUUGUGUCACAAGAAUAGGAAGUGAUGAAUUACAAUUUGUCCUUGCUUUGUUUGCAUGGUUGCUAACUUGUUCAUUUUUUUUCUCAGAAUGAUGGAGGCCAGCAGAUUUGUCAUUCUUUCAGUGUUAGUUGACAGGUAUUUAUUACAUUAGAUUAAAGCAGGCAGGUACAACAUUGAUAAGUUUUUGUGUUUCUGUUUAUGGAGUAUGGUGGUGGAACAGAUUAGGUGUGAAGCUCAAGCAAUAUCCAAGCAUGACCCAGUUUAAAAAGCCUUACAAAAAAAUGGUUCUCACCAGGCACAGGGAGGAAGAAGGGCUUUAACCAUCGGGAGUUUUCAUAAAUGAUUUAUAUACUUAUUUACUUGAUUUAUGGUCCAUGUAUUAUCCAUCCAUUCAAUUAUUCCAUUCAAUCUAGUAAGCGGAAAAUGAAAAAAUUAGUCAAUAUUUUAUUUAUUUGUUUUUCUGUAUAACCAAAAAAAUUUAAAAAAUAGUGUUUGUUUUGGUAUUUUCAGCUCAAAACGGAAUAAAUAAUAGAGAAGGAAACAAAAAUGAAAUAAUAAAUCUUAUUUAUAAUUGUUGAUUUUGAGUGCAUGCAUGGAGGCUACAUUGGCCUUCCCAUGAUCCUCAUCAACAGUUACCAUGGCGAAAGAUGCGACAGAGCGGUUCUAGCGGUUUGUUGUAACAGAGCUCUGGUUGUAAUUGUUCUACAGUCAUUAUCUUCCUCCAUCCAGCAUGACCCUCUUGGCGGCUUUGAAUAAUACGUAGUAUGCGUCCAUCUCCAUGACAGCAGGUUAGCCUUUCUCUACCGCUCUGGCCUGGAGUUUUUGGUCCACGUUGUUUGCUACUUUGUUGCGCAAUGGUGAACGGUAGAAAGGCACCGUGGAACUAGGGACAUCAAUAACCCAAAAAUGAAAAGUAGGUUUAUUAUCUUGUUUUUAUUUCCAUGAGCUGAAAAUAUGAAAACAAACACGUAUCUUUUAUUUGUUGGUCAUAUAGAAAAACAAGUAAACAAGAUAUUGACUUGUUUUUUGGUUUUUUGUUCACUAGAUUGAAUGGAAUAAUUGAAUGGACAGAUAAUACACAGACCUUUUAUGUUCUAUUUUUUGUUAGUAUAAUGCAAAUAUGUUGGAGACUGACUGUUUAUGGAGUAGCGGACAAAGGUCAGGUUUAAAAAAAGCAUAAUGCUUCAUUCUAUUCCUUUUCAGACAUGUUGUGUUUAUGUUUUUAUUAUAAGUAUUUAUAUUUAUUUUCAUUUUUUAUUUUUUGCUUUGAUUAUUCUUACAGUUGUUUUGAAUAUUCUCAAAAAAAAAACCCAAAAAACAAUAUAUCAAACAUUUUGCACCACAUCCCUGUCAGAUUUGGACUUGCUAAUGCUAAUGCAGAAUACUCUCCCUGCUCUUCCUUCUUUCCUGUCAAAAUCCACCAUCCGAGUAAUCCUUUUCUUACCUCCUCACUCAGCAGUGCAGCAGAAAAAUCCCUCGUUUAAAACCAUGAAUACUACAAAUACAGUAUGGAGACAAAUCUUCAUGUCAGUCCUCUUGAUACGCUUAAAUUUUCAAUUUUGCUUAAAACUACAUCAAUAAUUCAUGCAGCCAAGUGGCUGGUGUUAUUUUAUGUAGGAAAUCAGAGGAGGUCUGGUACGAGUGUUGUCAGAGUAUAUUUCCUACUGUCUGCCUCGAUGCAUCACUCCAGGAACAAUUUUAAAGCCAUGUUUCAAUGAAAAAAGAUUUGGCAGAUUUAAACAAAAUGCAGCUUUUAUGAGGGUCACACUUUUUCUGUUUAUCACGCCACUUUAUGAUUUGAGCUCUUUUCCCACAGUUAGAGCUAUUUACACACUGAAGUACCUGUUUGCCAUCAAUAUCCACUGUGCACUCAUUUGAACUGUGGGCCAAUGUUCUUGAGUCUAAAUUUAACAUUUGUUGUGCAUGCUCUUAUUAUGUAAGCCUUUCUGAAUACUUUAUUAUCAGGGACCCUCUUGUCUCUGCUGGGUAGACAAGUCAACACUAGCUUUUACUAACUCUAUACAUCUGUCGUUUCUCUUCUUCUCCACAUUUACAGUUUAGACACAUACUGUCUCUUAUCCAUGAUAUGUAGCCGACACUUGACAAGACAUCAUUUUGAGUAAAAUGAGUCUGGAUCCACACUUGGAGAAGAUUGGCAUAUCAAAGUGGUGGUACAGCUCGAUUCUUGAGGCAGUGUUUUCAAGGUUAAGACAUCUGUACAGUACAAAAACUAUAGUAACAUUUAAUGGCAACUAGUUAGAACUGCAUUGUUAGCAACCUAAUUUUCUCCCCCACAAACUGAAAAGAUGUGUUUAAUUCCUUCAAAUUGAUAUUAAAUAGGUGUAAGUUUAAAGCCUUUUGUGAAAAUAAUUUAACUGUAGUCUUUUAAAAUGAUGUUCUGUGCGGGUUUAUCUCCUUGGCUCUGAUAUGUUAAAGCCUCUGUAUCCUUUUGAAGAUGUAUCAGGACAAUUUUUUGAUAAAUUUCCUGUUUUCUUCUACAGUUUUUUAAACCGCACAUGCUCAUAUUUCUUACUCGAAGAGAAACAUAUUUAAAAGAUAACCUAUCACUUCUUAUCAACACAACUAUUGCUUCCAAACGUAUCUGAAACCUUCCACAUACUUAUGAUAUAACUCUUUCAUAUCCACAGACGGCAUCAGUAAAAGGUUCUUAGGGUUCAGCAGGUAAAGACUUGACAAUUUUAUUUCUAGAGUCAGUGGGUGAAAAGGCAUUAACCUCAUGAGCCUAGAACCCACGCAUGGAAGAAACUGCUUAUUAUUUCUCUUCUGCAACCUCACAUCAGUUUAUAAUUAUGCACAUUUCAGUUGGUAUUUGUUAGGUUGUGUGUAGUUUGUGUUUAUGUUUAGUUGGACUGAAAUCAACCUUUUACCUGAUGGAAAAAUCAGAUAAAAUUAUUCCUUCAGUACAGUCUGCUGAAAUUAAAACUGUAACUGCCUUUAAUUCUAUUGUAUUCCUGUCAUGGAAACCCCUCUGCAAACAACACAAAUCAUUAAACACAACAAACAACAUACCCACAGACUAAUUAUAAUAAUCUGAAUCAAAACUUUCAAUGCAGCAGUGAGUAAUCAUCCCUCUAAAAGUCGUUACUGUGGAAACCAAGCAUUCUCCUCGCUCCAGUUCUGUAUAUUUAUGAACUGCUAUCUUCUGCACAAAAUGUAUGUGAAAGCAUCUUUUCAUGAUUCCAGGGAGGAGUGUGGGUAGAAAAUAACUACAGGUUCCCCUCUCUCCAUUCAUUUGGAGCUAUCAGACCGGCAGCUGGGGAUGCAUGUGAUUGCGGAGCAUACUGCAAUUACUUUAGCGAGAUUGGUGCAAAGCCUCCAGAUUGUCCUUAAAUCUGCCUGUAUUUAUCUCCCUCAUUCUCGUGAUUCAUUUCUGAUUUUCUUUUCCUGCUUUUUUUUUCAUUUAUUCUUUAUCUGGGUACACAUGGACUCAUUAAAAUGCAUGUUCCAGUCAGUUAUGCUGUAUCAGUAUAGAUGCAUGUCAUUCAAUAUAGUAAAAGUUGUUCAGUCAAGAGAGAUUAGAGAAUGAAAAUUGAUUUCGCAAGAUAAAGACAUUAACUAUGGUGGAUCUUUAGUGAUUAGACCCUGUCUUUACAACACAUCUUCAAAAUAUAGGUGAUGAGGCCAGCUGCAGGAUAGGACAAACCCCUGAGAGAGCCCGGACAUUGGUGGUGGUAAUAGAUGCAGGGGUGAGUGGAUGCAGAAUGAUGAGAACAUCGAAUAAACUAAACUGGACACAAAACUGGGGGAGGGUCACAAAAGGGAAAACUGAUGGAGCAAAGAGGAGAACAGGUUUAAAAGUUUGCCAGCAGCCGGGUAACUGGUUAGAGGUUGUGGCAAAGCCUGGUUGGAGAGUACUUAGAAAAGUUAAUGCCCAUGACCAGGUGAUAAAAAAGCCAGAAGACAUACAGAGUGAUAUAGAUGUAAGUAUAUGAGCUGCUUGAAUCUAUGCUGAGAUUCAUGUGGUCUGGAUUAUUUCCAAUAUCACUUAUUUCACUGGCAUUGCAGUCAAUCUUGGACAGUUUAAACCUUAAAACUGUACUUUGGUCAAGUUUAUAGGUCAGCCUGAUAGCACUUAAAGUACCUAACAGCUUGGGGGUUGAGCCUGUAAGUUUCCCAUCUUCUCUCGAAGCAAGUGUAGCAACAUUUAAAGUUUCACUCAUUUGAAAAUGACAUGGGCUAAAGAUUCCUGACACUGGUGCUAGACCAGGAGGACUAACAGUAAAAAUCAAUACUAUCAACACUCAAAUGGUCAUUAUACAUAUAUUAUUAUAGGAGGAAGGUGCAGAAUAGGAGAUAGUAUCAAAAAAGUAGUGGUGGCUGGUCAGUAGAGAGCCCCAGGUGCCUUCCUGCCAUUCAGCCAUUACUGUUUACAUUUUUCAGAAUAAGUUUGACAUAUAAAAUUUGUCUGUUUGCGUUGCACAUGGCAUUUGCUCCUCUACAGUACAAAAGGUAGGACCUACUUUGGGUGCAAUUCAUUGUACUUAAAUUUUUUUUAUGCGCUACCAGUCUGCACAUUGCAGCAAAAAGGCUCCUUUAAUUGAGACACAAAAAAGUGUUAAGCAGGCAAGCUGAGAGAUCUUGGACCUGAUCAGCUAGACAUCAAAACUGAUCAGGAAUCCAAGGACAGUGGGCGAAAUUACGCAGUCAGAUUCAAAGAACUGGUCAUCCAAGAAGACUCGGUCUAUGGAGUGCAUUGUUUUCUUUUCCAAAAAUCAGGAUCAGACCCAGCAAAGAUUCAGACAGAUAUGACACUUGUUAGAAAAAGCUAAAAAACAUGGGCAAAAAAGGUCCUCCUGGGAUAUUAAACUUAAGUAUGAACAGGCUUUUUAUCUCCUGAACUGCUACCUUUGCAUACAGGUGAGGCUUACAUGGGCUUUACCUGGUCUUGCAUCUAUCAGGUCAUGGUGAGCUCUUAGAUGGGUCAGUGUCAUUCAUAAAAAGUGAAACACUGGGGGGCUAAACAGAUCCUCCUUUUUACGUAGCAGAACACCUUAUCUCUUUUUUUCAUGCAACUCCUUGUGCUCUUAUGAAGAUCAGCCAUGAAGGAAAUAAACAAACAAAGGUCCCAUUUAUUCACUACUUCCCUGAAAAUGGAGAAACAGUAGUUUGCACUAUUGUGAGCGGUAAAUUCAGAUUUUUAACAGUUAUUAAUGAAGAUAAUUUUGCGUCAUCACUGACGAAUCCUAAUGUGCCUGUGAACACGUGUCUGUGACACCUAGUCCCAUGGGAUUGUUGCAGAAAAAAACACUGUUAUAUGGUUUUAUGUGGUCGUAUGAGAUAUAUUUUACACAGAAAAGCCAGACACUCAAAUCACACAGUAGACAGCAAAUAUAGUGCAGUGUAAAUAAUAGGUAUAAACAGCAUAUUUUUAUGUUUUGUAAGUACUGUUAUUGUGUCCGUCCUGUCUUAACACAAUGCCACUGCAGUCACUCUAAGCAUUGCAGCUAAUAGAUAACUGAUGUGGGCUUUUAUGACUUCCUAAGCUUGCCUGUAAUGUGGUGUCUGUGAAUGGCAGAGUAGUUACCGUUUAUGCCAUGAAUUACAUUCAGUGUCUGCUCAUCCCAACAACAGCACCUACAGUAAUUUCCUAUUCCUCUGAGCACUGACUCAUUGUAACUGAACUCUUUCAGAGCUUAAUUGGAUUCUUAUCAAAUAGUAGCUAUUUCAGGCUGAGCACCUAACUUAGAAGAAAGGACAGUGUAGCUUCCUAUCACACAACCACAUUCUCACACAGUGAGACACGACCACAAACUUUGUGAAUGUGAAUAAAAAAGGGGAGCAGUGAGGAGAGUUUUCCUUCUAAGAUUAAAAUGUAUGAAAACAGAUAAUAUUCCAUUUUUCAGCUGUUUUAAUUGUCACUUGCUUAUACGAGUGUCUCUUACUUUUUCUUCUCUUGGGAUCUUAAAGGAACAGUACUGUUUUUCUGAAGUGGGGUUGUGUGAGUCAACGGCAAAUGAAUUGGCCACAGGAGAGGCUGGUCUGCUUGGCCCUUUUGUUAAGACACUGACCAGAGAAUGGAUAAAAAAAACUAGGCUAUUAAAUUCUAAAGGCACCUUUCUCUUCUUCUCUAUCCUCUUCCUGUUCAUGUCUUAUCUUUGAAUCAUCAUGUCCCAUUAGAGUCGCUUAUAAACAGUCUUUUCUUGAAGUCCCUCUGCUCCAUUGUGUCUUCAACUAUGUGUAUCAACAUCACCUCUGUCCCUUUCUCUCUCUCACUCUCUGCAUCUCCCUUUAUCCCCAAACCAAGUAAGGGCAGAUAACUCUCUUCCACAUGUCUGGUUCUGCUCAAAGUUUCUGCCUGUUAAAAGGACAUGGGCUCAGUCUUUACCCCAAUUUCCACCGCAUCUGGAACGGCUACAAAAAGGCCGUAUCCGCUGGUCGCAGCUGAUAGUAGCCAUUCAAGUUAAUAUGUCAAUUCUUACAGACUUCUUUCCAUUACGCUGCGGAUAGCCAGACUCCUCAGCUGAUCGCAAGAGUCUAAUUUUUUCCAGACACUAGAGCAUGCCGAAUAAAUUCAGCAUAGGAAGUCAGGCACAGACACAAAAUAAAACAUCCGGCUUCUUUUCAAAAUAAAACACUCUGUGUCUCAUUUAUAUUUAGUGUUUUAUUUUAUAUUUAUAUUUCACACCAAGCAAACAGGCAGGGACGAACAAGUAAAAGGUUUUUAGACAGCAUUUCACCCCAUGACACCAUGGACAAAGAGAUGCUGAGUCUAGAAGUCUAGAAGUGGAUUUCCUUCUCUGGAAGGACAAAAUCUACUGCUUAUAUGGUUAUGUGGCUGUCUUUAUAGAGACAACUUGUUAUCGCACAUGCACAUGAAUCCAUGGGUUCUUUUGAGUUCUUGCGGUUCCCACUGUCUAUAAUCAGCCACAAAAUAUGUCUCACAAACAGAUCCGGUAGAAAUUGGCAGACAGCGAAAAUCGCCCCCAUUCCGGGUCAGAGCCGUUCCAGAUGCAAUAGAAAUUCGGUGUUAGCCUAUCUUUACACUGGGUCUUUUUAAAAUAGCAUAUGGUCUAGAUCAAAUUUUUGUUAAGCAUCUUGGGAGAGCACUUGUUGUAAAUUGGCACUACUAUUACUGAAAAUUGAUUGAUUGAUUGAUUGACCACAAUAACAUUCAUUCAAACUUUCAAACAUCCUAAUAGAUUUUGACCAAGUGGAAUUAUUAACCGGCUUCUUCCACAAACGUUUUAUGGCCAUUAAUGACAGUCUCUUUAGGGCAGGAUCAUCGUGUCAGGAUCCUAAUUUGCACACCUGCACAUCAUUCAACCCUUAAAACUCUAUAAAUUGUGUGUUUUCCUUCAAUUAACACAAAGAAAUACAGAUAAUUUGCUUCUUCAGCAUUCACCAUUAUUUAGUAAAUUAUAUAUUGUAAACCAAGAUGAAGACCACACCCUUUGUUAGAUUAUGCUAACUGGGAAGAUGAAAAAACACUUCACGUAUUGCGCAAAAUUUUGUCUUUUAAUGGCUAAAAAAGCAAGACGAUUGAUAUUAAAAGCUACUUGAUAGUGGGUGUAAAUCAAGUGUCUGUUUAGCUAACUUAAUUGUAAGAUCAAAUUUUGUAUUCAAAGUUAGCUGACAUAUUAGAGCUGCAAAUUUCUGUCAGUCUUCCCAGAACCCUUAUCUGACCAUAAGAAGUCUCUUUAUGAUGGAGAAUGAUGUUGAUUGUAAUCAGAUAAUAACUGUAGAUCUGUCUUUGUCUCUGUCACACAGUCUGCCUGUUCUCUCUCCAUCUCUCUGUCACGUUUGCAUCAAUAGAGACAUUGUUCAAUCCGUCCGUAGAACUGAGUUGUUUCUGCAAGAAAACUGUGCUGCGAAUUCUCCGUGCACGAGGCCCCACAAAAAGUCACACUCAGAGAAGGGUGGAUUGGAAACACACCGAGUUUAAACACAGACGGACAGACAGACAGCCUACAUUGUUUGUCUGUGACCUUUAACCCUUUGUUCCCAGAGAGGCGGAAGAGGUCAUUUAUGACAUAAUAAGUCACUGCCGACUGUAAUCUUCCCUCUGUGUGCCAUCUUUAAAAAAUGGUUAGCCGCUGGUGAAGGUCAGAUUGACUCCGCUGGAGAGGCAGAUUAAAUAUGGAUUUAUGUAGUGGUUAUAAAAUACGUCUGCUAGUCUAACACUCGGGAAAGGGAUGUGUGGACUUUCAAAAACAUUCACUGUGAGUCUGCCUACUGCAGGUUACAUUCGAUUUGCUAGACAUGUUAUCAAGCGAUGUCUGUUGUCUUCAGAGGGUUGUCACGGUGACGGCAGAGUCAAAAUGUUAAAGUAAAGUCUGAAUCUGUAGAAAACGCACACUACAAAUACUUAAAAAUGUGGUUUUGAGUGAGUGGGCAUGCUGUCAAUUUAUCUCUGCCUUUUCAUCUCUCAUUUCAUUUUAAGCGCCCAUUGUUUCUGCACUGAGACUGUUGAAUAUUAAUUUUGCAAGAAUAUUGUCAAUCUCUAUGUGGGGUACUCAGACUGUCAGGGUGGAACAUAUUCUUUAAAACAAUGUGAAACAAAAAAAUAUUUAGAAAAGUCUCCAUGUGAAAACCUCCAACUACAAACCCAUUCAAGUCUGUCCAUCAAACCUCGAGUAUCUGUUGAACUGAAAUCAAGAUGCAGACUCAAUAGGGUGCAUCAUUUGUGUUUACACAAGUACACAUAUGAGCAUUAAACACUAAUGCAAAGAAAGCUGUUUCACUCAACUAAUGUGUGAUUACAUUGCAUCUUUCCCACCUAUCAAUAUAGUUUGACUUUACUUGAUGCAACACCAAAAGUUCGGGAUAUACUCAUGGCAUAAUACUAUCUACUGUAAUUAUAAUAUGCUAAUAUUAACUGUUUCAAUUGAUAUAUUCAGAUGAUCUCCCUAAGGAGCAAUAGGACCUGUGACAGUUAGUUAAAACACUGCUGAUUUUGUAAUUUGCUGAAUGAUAAAGCUUUAUCAUAUAGGGGAGAGUGGGGUAAAAUGAGCCAUUUUUCAUAUUUCGGAUCACUACAUCAAGGCGAUCAUAGUUUUGUCUCUAACUAGUGCAUCCCUGCAAACCAACAGAAUGAGUGUAAACAUAACUGUCUUGAUAAUAUAGCAUGCCAAAAAAUAGUGGUCUCCUAUGUUCAACUUACCCCAUGUAUGGGGUAAGUUUAGCCAUAUCCCUACUACUCCCUAAAACAUUUUAACAUGAGAAUGCCUUUAAGUGAUUCAGAACAUACACAGCUGUAUUUUUGGAAAGAAAAAGUCAAACAUUUCAACAAUCUGAACUGAAACUCUGAUCCUCUCAUCAGACUCCUUUACUUUCUCAGUUGAGCCACUGACUCAACUUACCCAAGUACUACUAUUCUGACUGUAUUAGUCCUCUAAGCUAAAAUGGUGGACUUUUAUUCUAGGGUUUUGACCUCAGGUUAUAGUUCAUAGAUACCACAAUUGAUGUAUAGAAUAAAUUUAAAAUGAUCUUUUUUGGUCUGAACACAAUUCAGACAGACUAAAUUCACUUUCAAGAGUGAGAAAUGUUUUUUUUGGGAAAUAAAUGUCUCACCCCUUCACCCAUGUGCUUCUAUCCUUCACAGACUCAAUGAAUUGAUGCCCAUCUCCUAAAUAUUUGGUCACAUGCUCAAUUUCUUUUACCAUUUCCAAGCAACGGGGAUAGCUCAACCUACCCUUUGGCUCAACUUACCCCAGUCUCCCCUAAUAUACUUAUUUUAGUAAAUUUAUAAUAGACUCAUUGAUUUAGACACAUCUGUGGUGUCUCUAGAUAAACUCUAAGAUCAGCCAAAAUAGAGGUAAUAAAAAAUAAUAUAUAAUGUGACUAUGGUUGAAAACUUCCUGCACAAGAAGCAGAAAUAUUGCACAAGGGUUUAGCAGAAGAAUGAGUCAGUAAGUGUGGAACAUCCCCUGACCUUUCAGCUAAGUGUCUGAAUUCACUGUUGCACCUUGCACAGAUCAGGUAAACAAAUCACCGACGCAGGCACAUCCUGAUCCGGGUCCGAACACAAACCUGCUGCCCUGGACGAUGACGUGAAAGUGACGUAGACUUUUUAAAAAACGUAAACGGACGUCUAGCAGCUCUCAGGCUAAUAAGAGGUUAAAAGGAGGGUGGUCAUGUGUAGUGUCAAGUCGGACCAUGAUAGGUCACUGCUCAGUGGUGUGCUCUCUGCGGCUCUCAUCCGUGAAGUAACGGGCUGUGGGUCUCCGCCUCCUCCUUUAAGAUGCACUGAUUUAAGUUUGUCAGAAAACGCAGCCGCCGACUCCUGCGCGUGUGUUUUACCUGGCAGCAGCAUGGAUGAAUAGGCUUCCGACCUUGAAGCUCUCCUCCGGGUUUGGCUCGGUGGUCGACGGAUAACUUUGUGGAAGUUGGCGAGGUCAAGACGAAGGUAAACAUCAGGAGUCGCAGAUGAAAAAUGUCAGAAUUUAUGUCGGAGUUUCAGAGGAAGUAUACUGCUUUUUUUGGAUCUGAAGGUUGUUGUGUCGUGAAAUUAAUAGUUCUUGACCGAUACUUCAGAAAUUAUACACUACCCGUAGUUACGUCAGAUAAGUGGUCAAAACACGAAGUUUAAACCGGUUCAAACUUCACUUUUAACAGGUCGACAUUAAUGUUGGGGAAAUUAUCCUAUCAGAAACACACAGAUACUCGGUUAACCAAGCUGAUUUCCUGACUGAAACUAGGUUAUAAUUUCCUGCAUCACAGUAAGCAAAUGGCUUCAGUGCACUUGUUGUGUCUGUCUGACUUGUUCCUGCUGCCUGCCUGACUGACUGAUGCUGAGCCUGUGUCAGCAAACUUUAUUUCACCCUCAGGGUAAAGAGAGACCAAUUUUACAAGUCAAAUAUCUUCUGUCUGGUCCUGCUCUGUUGGCUCAGGACCUAUUUACAAACACUCAUCCUGCCAACAUUGUCACCUUAGUCCUUGGCAAGUUAGUGCCCCUUUAUUCUCCUGUAUGUACAAUGUGUACAGUAUAAAUAUGAGUGACAGUCAUUGUGUAGAUCAACUUCAUUGAGAACACUCUUUACAAUACAAGGAAAUAUACUCAGAACUUCAAGACAAGCCACAAAACUAUAGGGGAGACCAGGGCUUGUUGUCACGUGGGUAAGUUGUCACAUUGCAAUUAUCUUUGCCACCAGAGGGCGCUAUGAAAAAGUGGAAUACUAGUUUUUCUAUAUAUUGCAAAUAUUGUUUGCUGUGUCAUAUUGAGCACGAGAAUAUAUGACGCUGUAUAUCCUUUAUAUCGCUAUAUAUUGCUAUACAUCUGCUGGAGACGCAAUGCAUGACGGGAUGCCCACCACAGGUGAGUGACCAUUGGAUGGUCACUACAUUUUGCGAUGAGUCACCUAUAUGGGGCAUUGGACUUGAUCACUCAGGUUUCGGACACCCCUUAAAAUGGCGCUAACCCCCAUAUAGUCGCCUAUGUAGGGAUUAGGGAUCCAUUUCGGACACAGCCAUGGUCAGGGGCUGUGUCCUGUCUGAGAGGAGAAGAGCACAUUGUGAGCCGAGAUGAGCGCCCAUUAACCAUUUUGCACAACCCAAAGGACUCUAAUGUCAACUACCAUACCUUGGCUCGGUACUGCAAAACAUUCACCCCAGCCAAAAUACAGAGUCAGACAGAUCUCCAAACUCCAGAGCAUACUGCAUAAUAUUUUAUGUUAACUUUUGUUCAGUGACUUUUUCUCGCUCAAUGAUAAACAUUUUCUGUGCCUGACUUUGAUGUUCACUUUCAAGUAAAAAACGAGAACAACAAUAAUUUUGUUCUUGUUUUAUUAGCUGCAAAAUCCACUGUGACAUCUUACCUCAUAUAGUGAGACAACUUACCCGAUGGUGGGGCAACAUGUCACAUGUUCACACUCUCUGUUUGAUUGCUUAUAACUCUGCACUGACACAAGAUAUGAAAUUGACAUUAAUAAGAAAUAUAUACCUGAGACUUUGGUCUUUCAUCUGGUACACAUUUUGUUUACAUAUGAUGCAUUGAUUCCAAGAAAUAUAUAAGAGUGUAAAAAGUGUGACAACAAGCCCCGGUCUCCCCUAUUUAAAAAGAUACAGAAAUGUUUUUUUUUGUUUUAUUUUAAUUAUCAAGAUGACUUGAGUCAUUACUGAAUAAACAAACAUACAAAAAUCUUCUUCAAGAAAGCUGAUCUUUACAAUCAGUAUUUGUCAUGUCUAUACAGUACAGACAGACUUACAGCACAAUAUAAGAGGCCACUAACCGUCAAAUUGGAGAACAGAUCAUGUUUAAAGCACUUAAUUACAAAUGGAGAUGGUUCAGAGGAAAUGCACUAGUUAGAUUAGAUAUUUGUAUUUAUACAUCCACAAAUGCCUGAACUGACCCACAAUUGAGCGAAUUGAUUUACAAGCGUAUGAUUUACAAAUGUGUUCACAAAUCUAAUGCACAGUGCGAGCAAAAACACUCUCCUUUAUAGCCAUUAACAACCAUGCAUUUGCAAAUAGGUCUAAACAAUUGCAGAUCUGUGUACAUAUUUAUGAAACUGUGUAAACAUCUGUGGGUUUACAUGCAGUUGAUUUAUGUAAAUAUUUGUUAAUCUUAAUAUAUUUGUAAGAUUUGCACAUUUGUGGAUGUAUGUAUGCAUCUGUUAAUCUCUGUACACUUGUAGAUUGUUUUGUUAGAAUAAUAGAAACAAACAGACGCCAUCACGUGUCUUACAAAUGCUGUGUACUGUUGUGUCAUCAUUUGCAUGUGUGUAUUCCUCUGCUGAAGUAGUGAUAAUAUUACUUCCUUGCUUGAUGAGUUUAACAAAGUGGCUGCAGGCCAGCUGUUUGAGAGGACACAUACUGUUUGCUGUGGACAUUCAGCUGAGGAAAACUCCUCUGGGGUGGGAGUUUGGGGGGCUCCAAGCUGCAUCUGCAGUUAAUCACCAUGUGUCACAGCAGGAUCCUGUUUGGUCUGUGUGUGCACUGUGUGAUAGUCUUUGCAGGUACACAUGAUACAGUGGAAUCAAAGGGGUGUGAAUAUGCAGUUGCACAGUGGUGACACAUACAGACAGUGCAACAACAGUUUUUGUUAGAGCAGUCCCCAAACUGUAAUGCUCUGGAGAUUUUGUCACUGAGGAAUAGCCUGUUGCACACAUACCAAAACACAACUACUGGAGUGAGAGCUCUUGGCUCUUUGUUACUGUCAGUGGAGCUGGCUCACUCGUUCUCUCAGAAUACAACCACUUUGAAUUCAUCUCACAGUUUCCGGCAGCCCCUCUUCUCAGCUGUUUGUGGUUGUCAGGCCUGGGAAAAUUCAUCUUAACCCCACAGGAAAUGACACUUAGUGGGCGGACAUUGUGGUUUCUUGCCCUUUUAUUUGCCUCUGUAACCUACUUAAGAAUAUAAAUGUGUAUAUUUAUUAUUUUUUUUAGAUUUUUCUAGGAUCUAAUAUUGGACACAAAUCUUCAAACCCAGUCUUUGGCACUGGCUUAUCAUGCAGAUUAAGGGUGCAUCAAUUGACCUAUCUCAUGGGCCUAAUUUGGGGAAUAGUGAACUAUUUGUCCUACAUUCUUAACUUCUGACCAAAGCGUGCAGCUUAUAAUUAGUUUAACUAUUUCUGUAUUCUGUGCAUUUUAUAUUCUUAUAGUACAUUGGGUGUCAUGUACAAGCUUAGAAGAGAUGUCGUUUUUUUUUUCCACAUACAAUGGCUUUGGUGUCAGAAUGCAUGGACCCUAUUUGUGAAAUGACUCACGCUAUAGGUUUUUUCCCAUCAGUUUAUCACUUCUUGAGAACAUGUGGUUUUGUGUGUUUAAGUUGUCUCCUUUUAUUACACACCCUGAGUUUGGGCUGUGAAUUUCCUGUGUGUUGAUGCUUAGGUGGGGGAAGGGGGUUGAAUAAAUUUUGUAAGUACUAUUUUGACAAAAGUGAGGUCUGGGAUUUGUCAUAACAUUAGCAAACUAAAAGAGGCUUUAAAACAAACUAUUUAUCUGUCAGUUAAAACACCUGACUGGUAGAAGUUUGAAUUAAUUUUUAAUCAAAGUAAAAACUCUGACAACAAUGAGUUAGCAAACUGCGCUUCACCAGAUUUGCAGUAAAUGAGCUGUGACUUGGAGUUGUGAACGUUGAUAUUAAAAAUAGAAUAACACAAGAAUAAGUUUAUAUCUGCUCCAACUUCAAAAGUGGCACCAAUUUUGAUCCCUCAGUUCUAGUUACUGCAAGUGCUACUAUAUUACUUUUUUGCAAUUUUUUUAAAGGAACUAAUUUGCAUCACCUCAUAACAAAAAUAAGAAAUUUCCAAUUUACUCCAGCUUUGAUGUGUUCAAUCUCAGUGGAUUUAAUCACUUUUUUUGCUCUUACUACAGCUGAUGUGCUAUUUAAGCGCAGUCAGAUAGAAACCUGAAGAUUCAUAAACACACCACUCAUACAAGCAACACUAAACGUAAGAAGCAGUGUAGCAGGACAGAUCCACACAGAAUAAUGUCUUGUCACUGCUUCAUUAACUGCCAUCUCUUUACGGCUCCUAAUUACAGUUGUAAAACAGAAAUCUAAUAGAACCAAUCUGACCUAAUUCAGACAAAUUUUGCUGUCAAGUAGGUUAAAACCACAUUAAGAGCCUUAUUCUCUGUUUUGCUUGUUGCCUUGCAAGAGCAAUUAAGCUAUAAUGGAUUCGGCUGAGACUUAAUCCAGUUUGAGUCCUUCUUUAUCUCAAUGACUGACCCUUUUCUCCAGUGUAUGUUUGUAUUUAUGGCUCUGUAAGCCUGGUACAAAUCCAUCUCUGGAAAACCACUGCUCUCCCUGAUGUUUCUGUUAUUUUUAGAUUAUUUAGUAUUAUAUUCCUUUUCAUCUCCAGUUACAUAACUCCUAGCUUUUCUUCAACCUGUGGUUUGUACACUUUGUUUUUAUCUGGCUCCACUUAAAAAGAGAAAGAAAUCAACCGGGGACUGAUUGAGCCUAGUAAGUAAACAGAUUAACCAAUUACAGAGUUGUUGCAUGGGGGAAAUCGAUGCAAAUCAUCCAGUUGUUUUGCGCUCGAGCAAACUGAUUCACUUUGGUUUUCCUUUUUUCUUUUUUCUUCAGCUGGUUUCCCUUGUCCCUUUUCCCUGUCAUCUUAGCUGUGAGUCAUUUCCAGCUUAGUCUGGUCUUUACUACAGCCUCACAUCAUACUACAUACUGCGUAAUACUUCACCACAGAGCCCUGCUUCAUUCCAUAGUGUGCCAAGGCUAUUUUUAGAAAGCAGGGAUCUAAAUAAGAGAUGAAAGCCUGGGUUUUGAUCAGUACAGAGAGUCUCAACAGACAUGGGCCAAAAGAGAAAUAGGAGGGAGCCCUUCUAAUGAUCAGAACAGCCAGACAUAGCGUUGCUUGCUGGCUCUGAUUAUAAAGGAUGUGCACUGCAGGCACAUCAAAAUAUGUCAUAUUAUUAAAGUUUACAUAUGAAGCCUGAGGAAGUCUUAGGGGAUACCUUUUUAAUUUGAAACUCUGUGUUCCUUUUUUAAUGUUAAUGCAUCAUUAAUGGAUAAAUCCUGCAUGUAGAAAGAUUCACGAUGACUCUAUUUACAGUAAACUAGCUGCUAAACUGCACAUCAGCAGACAUGAGCUCCACUAAGACAUUUUAAAGCAGAACAAUAUGUCCCUUUAUUUGUAUUCAAACAGGUCAGUGUGCAGUCUGAUGCCAUUAUGUCUGGAGCUCAAGUAAGAUUUAUGCAGAAGAUUAGCAAAGCAAGGAGGCAUAGGUAAAACGGGGUGAAGCCUGUUGCGUGAGCAGAGUUUAUAAUCUCAUCUGUGCACAUAUUACGAUCUCCCAUCAUUACUCGCGCCACCAUGAAAACAUACUGUGUCCCCGGUGAGCAGCAUCAUGUCCUCUUACAUGAAUGAGUAAUUGUUCAGUGAUACGAUUUUUAUUUGGCAGGUAGAUUGUUUAGUUCUGACUCCUGUUCCUUUCAUCAUUUGCAUCAUUUCUGUGAGAAAAACAUGACACAGAGGCAUGGUUUGAAUAAUUCAUGUAUAAAUGUUGUUUAAUUUAUUCAUGCAUUUUUUUAAAGGUGUGAUCUCACACAAGGUAUGAUAUUUUGUUAUGUCAUCCUUUUUAGAAUGCAUGUGGCUAUUGUCUAUUGUCAGUGUAGCAACCACAAUUAAAUGCAUAGUUAUGUUUUGUUAAUACUGUCAAUGAGGGUGUCAUUUUGUCAAGUGACACCUGAGAUGUGAGUCAAAGCCGCUUCUGUUUGUGUUGUAAUUUUGAAUCUUGAGUUCAGAGAGAGGACAUACUAAAUAGGGGUGGGAGAAAAAAUCGAUACAGCACAGUAUCGCAAUAUUUUAUCCGAUAAUUUAUCGUAUCGUCUCGUUUACCAAGUAUUGAUUUUUUUCAAAUUGAUUGCUUAUAUAAAAUCUAUGAUAAUGGAAAAAUAAAAUCAAUUGUUUGUCCAGUGAUGUUGACAGAGGUGACAUCAUAGAGCAGGAGAAAGUUAGAAUAACAAAUAUAUAUAUGUAAGGUUUGCAAGAUGUGCUACACGAAAAUUUUAUACUGUGUAAAUAAGACAAACAAAAAGGAAAAACAAAUGCUAAAUUAGCUAAACAGUUGAAAAAAUUGUAUUCAAAUUGCAACAUAUGGUAUUGCAAUACUCACUGUAUUGCAAAAUGUUAAAAAUCACAAUAAUAUCGUAUCGUGGCCCAAGUAUCGUGAUAUCAUAUCAUGGGGGCACUUGUGAUUCCCAACUGUAAUACUUAAGGACCCUGGUUGCCUUUGGACAAUUUUAGUUUGGAGAACAAAACAUAGUGUUUGACCGCAUUAGUUGUGUAUGGUUUUUGAAAAAAAAAAAAAAAGAGGAAAAAAUCAUGAGAAUUUUCUAUUUGAUUUGGGAAAGAAAAGUGCAAAAACACCCUUUUAAAUGUUACAACAACAACAUAAAAAAGAUUCUUCAGCAACAGUUGGGACAGGGGCAUGUUUGCAAUCAGCUCUUGUAACAAACACUUUGGAACAGAGGAGAGCAGCUGCUGGAUCUGAAAGUGAAAUCUUGGUCUUUCCUGGUCUGAUACAGGGUGUGGGUCUCCUUUGUCUUCUGUUUUGUGACAUCAUUCACCAAAUGCUGCAACAAGUCUGGACUACAAGCUGUUCAGUUUAGUACCUGGACUCCCUAUACUCUUUAUUCUACGCACAUUUCAGUGCAUCAUCCGUGGUUUUAAAUGGCUUUUAGAGUAAUUCAGAAAGAAAUACCCUGGGUUAUGCUGCAGAUUUCAAAACUCAUAUAUUUAUGUCAGAAGCAAUACUAAACCACAUUCAAUACAUUAUUGCAUAACUUAUAUCAAAUACCAGUCAGUGUUUGAUGAAUGUAUUUUAGGAUGAAAAUGGCACAGGUUAUCAAUCACACAGGCGUUAACGUUGCUUAAAAAAGCUACAACAGUAAAGGGGCUGCCUACAGGGACAUUUUUUUUGCCUCUUUUUUAAUCCACUUCUUCAACAUCAGAGACUGACGGAUGCAGAUUAUUUUUCCAAAUUCCAUCUAUAGGCCCAGAUAGUUGGUCCAUCUCCAGUUGUGACUGUAAUGUGGCUUCUCCUUGCAAUAUUAUGCAACAUCUACCCUGCAAAAAGCAUAGUCAGGAUGGCGGUAAAGUUACUCUAAAACCUGUGUUGUUCAGCCUUUAUUGUGGGCACAAAUGCAAUGCACUUUUUUAUGUAGAGUGUUUCUACUUACCUCAUUCAAAUCAAUGUCAUAGUUUAAAGAUGUCCCAGGUGUAUUUUAAGCAUUACUUAACCUACAAAGUGUUUUGCUGUUCCUGUACUAACUAUUCUGAAAAGUGGGUCUGUCAUCAAAUUUAAAAUGAGCUUAAUUUUUUCAAUGAACAAUAAAAUUUUUGUUUGUAAUCUCUUUCAUUGACUAGUUUCCAACUCUUUUUGAGGUUAUAAUUAAUUUACUUCUAGGUAUUUCCAAGGUUUCCUACAUUACAGUGGAAUUAAUUACAGAGCUCUGUUAUCUGUGCUGCAGGUAUACAGGAUCAGCUGGUUUUAUUACACAAGCCUCUUUGCUGUUAUUGGCCUUAAACACUUCUUUUCCAUUGAAAGAGAUUUCUCCAGUCCUCAGAUGGUUUGUGCUUUUUGUCCUUGUAAAAAAUUAAUUAGACUAAUCGGAGCACUUCAUGCAGCACGUAUUUUUAUGAGUGUUAGUUUAAUCAGCAUCAGCAUGCCUCUGUAAUCUGCCCACGGUCUUUGACAUUGCGCUGACAGGGACACAGUACUAAGAAUAGUGAGGCAGGGAACAAUGGAGGUGAACUCUGAUGGUCAGUAAUGAGGCGUGAAAGGGAAGCAAUCACAUGGUUGUUCUGUGCCGUGAAGCCAUCGCGGUGAUGGAAAACUGUGAUCUAUGUCUCAGCUGUAACAGCAAAGCUUCUCUGCGGUAGGUCCAUCUGUUGACUCUGUUAAUGUGUGCAUGGCAAAGUGCACAAGGCACUGAGAAACAAGAUGGCUAGACCGAUAAGUCCUUCCUGCUGUGCACUAUUUUUUUAAUAUUUUACUUGUGCUGCACAGGUGUACAAAUACACUCUUCAUGUGGAAAGCAGUGUUAAACAUUGUCUCUAUUUUCCACUAUAAAACUCCUCAAACAAGUGACUCAUCUAGAAAUGUUAAAAAUAGAUCCAAUUUUUACAGUAUCUUUAAUUACAUUCUUAUCCAUGCUCACAUGCUUAGCCGUGACAUCUGCUGUUCACCUGAGUUAAGAGCAGUGAUGCCAGAAGAGGACCCAGGGCCUCGAGGAUGUGUGAAACUGUAAUGGGAAACGUUGUCUUGCCAUGUUUAAUGCAUGAAGUUCACCCACUUCCACACUCAGCCUCCAGGUCAGAGUGUGAGCUGGUGUGUGUGUGAAUGCUUCUGCUGAGAGCUACAAAUCUACACCUACAUAAAUAUUGCCAUGAAGGAACAUGCAUUAAUAACUGUUGUCUGCCAGAAAGGGCUUAUUUUUUGUUGUAUCGACCUCUGAGCAAAUACAGGAUGACCCAUUUAACUAAUGCCUCUUAAAGUCUGUUAUAGGGCUUGGCGAAAAUUUACAGAUACCGAAAUUUAUGACAAUAACCAGUGUCAUUUUGCCCAUAUCGGUAUAUUCUGUGUCAAAAAAACAAAAACAAAAAACUAAUAGAACAAAUAAAAGUUGGUUUUGGAUGUGUAGGUAGGCUAUGGUCUCAUGUCCCUUUUAAGACACUGUCCUACAUUAGAGACCUGACUCCACCCCAUUCUGUUCGUAACAAAGAGGUGAAGACGGGUGUUGAUUUGAGGCCAUAUCGCCCAGCCGUAGACUGUCGUAGUAUCUUCCGAACAAUGAGGACAUUAUGGUUAAAUAAUAAAAAAGUAUUUGCCUAAUAUCUAAUAUUGGAGUUGAAGGGCCCCAUUGAGCACCUUUCGUGUCCAGGGGUGUGUAUGUUUUGAAAUGAGGUGUGGUCAACAGGCGCCAUUGUGGUGUUUUGCUAUCUUGAAGAUGCAAAAUGUCUGCACCUUUGACCAGCAAAAAGCUGGUUGAAAGUGGGAAGCCCUCGGUGUACGGCCCUUCUAAUAUUUAAAGGGCUCAUCAGCAAAAUUAUAAGACAGGCAUUAGGGUUAACAACGAGAGAUAGGGCUGUCACGAUUAGGAAUUUCUGGAGACGAUUAUUUGUCAGACAAAUUAUUGCGAUUGACGAAUAUAUUGUCAAUUUUUUCCCUUCUUUAUAUUCUACUAUCAUAAUAUAAUGAAAUUUAAUAAUACACAUUCUAUACUGUACUGUACACUGUACUGUACUGUCUGAGUUCAGCAUACUGCUGUGGAUGGUGGGUCUGGAGAUGUUGUUUCAGAUUUGUUGUGUGAGUGCUCUUGACCAGCACUUUUUAUGGCAAAGUUUACAUAUCGCUUCCUCCACGUUACCGGGCUCUCCUUAAUCGUUCGGCUUGAAUUCAAAAUACACCCACAGUGGUGCCGUGGUACGUGGCUUUGGAACCAGAACCUCCUCAUCCUCUAUCCCAACAUCAAGUCACUGCCUAUCUGACCAAGAUGAGAGGUAGACAACGUGUGGCUGUGACAGCGCAACACAUUGACGUCAGAUUCGGAUUCAGCAUUGUUUUAUGCAACUUUGUGGAUAAAAUAAAUAAUUGAAGGUGAUCGGGAAUAUGAAAAAUAAUUGUGCAAAUAUUGUAAUAAUUGCGACUGCCCUUACCAGAGAUCCUCUGCUGUUUAUAAACAGACAAUACGUGUACAUGCUGUAUAAAAAAUGUUUUUUUUUAAUCAAUCAAGGUGAAACUAGACUUUUAUACACCUUAGCAUGUUAGGCUGACUGCACUAAAAUCUCAGGCCACUUUAAGAAGAGGACAUCCUUGUUGCUACCUCCUCAUACACCAGCUUCACUCUAACCCCCACAGACCAAAACCCCCAGAGCAAGACCGACACAAAGCCCUCCACUAAGAGAAAAUGUAUGCAGAAAAGACACACACACACACACACACACACACACACACACACACACACACACACACACACACACACACACACACACACACACACACACACACACACACACACACAGUCAUGCUCUUACACAACUGAAGGGUGUUAUUUUAAAUCCUAUAUAACAACAAACUUUAAAUGACAUUGUCCACAGAAAUAGAAAGGAACUAACAUAUGUUGGACACUGAACUGAACUGUGCAGUAUUUCUGUCUUUAUUUUAACCUUUUAUGUUGCUUGAUUGUUGAAGUCAAAUGUUUGUAAAUGAGCUCAUGUCGGCAAAAUCCAAAGGUAACCUGAACAACAUGUCCCUUUGUCUGAUUUACCUUUAAAGUAUUUAUCUGACUGGUACAUGGUUGUUGCUGCAUCUCCACUCAACAAUAUCUUAUUUUUUCAUGGCUGUGGAUUAAGGUCAGUGGUCUUUGUUGGUGUUUGUUGACCUUAAAGCAGCCUUUGACAUAACUGCUCAGGCUACACUGGUGAGCACAGAAGUAUCUCACUCUCAAUCCUGCUUUUGUGUCGAAAGUUUUUUUUGUAGUGGUACUUCACACCACAUUAAAAUGGUAUGCUGGAGUAGCUGUAUCUGUCUGAUGUUCACACUGACUCUUGCACUUUGAGUUACAUAAUAGAGGGGUUAAACUGAGUGGCCCAAAUUCAACUUCUCCUCUGUAUUUACUAGAAUAAAACCUGUUUUUGUCUGAUUAAAUUUCACUUCUUUCAUUGUACUUUAAGUUUCAGGCUGUUUUAUUGGCAGUUUUAUAAACACUUCAGCUGCUUGGCUGCUGUAUGACAAACUCCCCCCUACCUCAGAGUAGUUCUGCUAUUAUCUCUAGUAUUGCUGUUGUCAAAUCCCAUUUCUUUUAAGUCCACUGGAUCAGCUCUAAGAUCAGGCCUUUUCUCACUUGUCCCAUUUAAGAGAAGGCUUUUCAUGCCUCCACUUCCUCCAGGCUAGAUUACUGCAUGGCUGUGUUCCUCUCUGAGUCAGCAACAACAAAGCUAAGAUUUACGGGGAAGAGCACAUUUGUCCUGCCUCUAAAUGAAUUACUACAGGGUUCUCCAUAUGGUGCUGCUUCUGUAAGGGUGACAUACAUUUUUUAUUCUUAAAGACACAAAUACCAUCUCUUGAGGAGAUUAAGUUUCAAUUUCAAACCUUUAUUUUUUCUCGAAGAGGCAUUGAAGUUUCCCUCAUUUCCAAUGUCGUUGAGAUUACAACAGUCAAACAAGCAAACAUAAAAUUUACAAAACAACAUAAUCAUUUAAAGCAUACAAUCUUAAAUGAAAGGAAAUUGAUUUAUAAAAAAAAAAGGAGUUUCAAAUUCAAAAAUAGGUAGUUUUAUUCACUUCAGUUUCCACAGUAGAGCCAUUAUACUUUGCAUCUUUACUGCAGCUCUCUGACUCAAAUCUGAUUUCCCUUCUCCACAAACAACCACACAUCACACAACCAACCAACAGCUUUGAUCACUCUUUGUGGUUGCACUGCAUAGAAACUUCACUGUGUCACUGCUGUAGUUUGUAUCCAGCUGCUUCAGGCUUAACUUGUGUGUUUACUGCCGGAUUAAUGCCCAUCAUAUUUCACUAGGUGUUGUUAUCAAUCAAUCAAUAUAUUUUUCUCUACCCAGGGGGGUGAUUAAUUUUGCAGAGGCAGAAGCGCACGAGACAAAAUAUACAAAACACAUGGCAUGAUAAAUUACAAUACAUUACAAAUCAAAAUACAGACCCUUAUAAAUCAAUAUAAUGCAGGUACAGAAGCACAGAGGUGUGGCCAGGUUGUGGCUGUUUUGGCCCACACAAAAUUAGGAAGGUGGUCUUGAUGGCUGACGGGUACAUAAUCAUGGCUCUAGUUCUUGUUUUCAGAAGAGUUAACAGGAUUUUAGAGAAAUAAAAAAAUUAAAUAUUUUGAUUUUUUUUUUGUUGGCUAGUUCUUGUUAUCUCUGUGCAGUGCUGCAUGCUUUCUCCUCUUUUUCUCUGGGAACAUAACUGUCCUCUCCCCCCUGGAGUUUUUGGCUCACCUCAUACUGAAGAUCCCCUGCUAAGAAAAACUGAUCAAUUGUUUUUCAUAUGCAUGCUAAUGGUGUGGAGUGCAGAUGGUUUUGUUUACUACUUACUUUGAGUCAGUGUUAACUCUACCUGACUCUCCCACAAGGCUUAGACUCUACUCUGACGUCUUGCUCUGUGAUGCUGUUUUUUUUAACCGUUCCCCAUUUUAUAUAUUUAUGUCAUCUUGAGUUUGUUUGGCACUUGCACCUGGAGAAACUGACAAGUGUGUUUUCUGCUCAGAGUAAGCCAAACUCUGGGAUCUGUCAAUGCCGAGAUCAACUCAGAGGCUUCACAGAACAAUUUCAUGUGGGGGUUUAUUUUGUUGCUGUUUGGUUCGUGUCCUCCUCACCGGUGUGCACUUUAACCUCUAAAAGCAUUUACACUAGUAAGAUAGCUAUUGUGCAGGCUACAUUGUGUGAGUUAUCUCUGAUUUGUGUGUGUUUGUGGACAUUGACAAAAUGUUUAAAGGUCUGUGAUACACUGAGCGGUGUUUUUAGGGAAGAAAGAUGUUGAGGGUUGAUAAGGCUGUGCUGAUGGAUGGUGGUGGAUAAGGCAUUGUAUGCUUAAUGGAUCAGAAUCUGGCCGUGAUUGAGUGUGAUUGAUUGGGAAUGCACCCUAUCAGAGACGCUGCCUGUUUUCUUUGAUUAGUUAUCAUGGCAUGUGUCUGUGAGUUCCUCUAUUCUGUGUCUGCCUUUUUAAUCAUCUAUCUGUGUGUUUGUGUUUGUGUAGCUGCUUAACUAAGUCAUCAUCAUCAUCACCCUCAGCCUUGCUUGUACCUUGCAGUCCUUUCACCUCCUUCUUAACCUGUAGGAACAGACUACACGGAGACAGCAGCACACCGAAUGGUACAAGAUGGACCUUACCCACGAGUAUGAGCGCAACCCAGGCUACAAGUGUUUCUCUCUACUGCGGCAACUUUGA